AUGGACGACGACACGGAACAACAAUUGCGCCAAGCGGCACUGAGCCUAGAUCCUCGCCAGAUCCAACGACUGCUGCAUUUGCACAAGAUUGGAACCCUUGCACCGCUUCUAGACUUGGCUGAAAAAAAAGAAGAGUUUCUUGUAAGAGUGACUAAAGAUCAAGUAUUGGAAGAGCCAGUCUUGGAUUACGUCACAGACCUUAGCACCAGAGAGACGCUUUUCGCAAGCCUUGGGAGGAUCAUCCGCGAAUCCAGAUUGAAGUGCAAGAUAAACAUGACACUAUUUGCAAUUUUUAUGGUUGCCCCGAUCGAGCAACUAAAAUGUACUGUCAAGAAGCUGGAGGAGGAUAUUCGGGAGGACAACCAGGGCGAGAUCAACCAGUUCUUCUCUCAGUGUGAAAUCACAUGCGUGGCCAGUAUACAAGCGAUUGCGAAUAAAGGAGGGCGACCAUCGGGCUCUUCUGCCAACGCCAGUGUCCACAGCCUCCAAGCUACGCCAGUUCAAGAGAGUCCGAUGAAACGGCAACGCCAAACCCAUGAAAGAUCGGUUUCUGAUUCAAAGUUGCCUCAGUUACCAACAACUCCAGGCCGACCAACAACUCCAAGUCGACGAACUGCAGGCCUGCCAACAACCCCAAGCCGACCGACUGACAUUACGCAAACUCUGGCCCUCAGCCCGGCACCAGCUGCUCCCCAAACGCCAAAGUUAGAAGCUGCAGGUACUCCAAAGACUAGUCGGAGCCGUGAAGUUGCCAAUUGUUGCAAGAAGCGAGACGGCAUGAGGUGCAUGAUCACCAAGAUGGAAGACCCGCAAGCUGCACAUAUUUUUCCCUUCGCGGGAUUGAACAGCUCAAAAAUACCCAAUAUUGUCUCUACUCUACGAACAUUUUGGGGUGAAGACACAACCACGCGGCUUUCUAAGAUAUUUUUCGACCAAAAAGUCGCCGAGACUCCCCAGAAUUUCAUCUCUCUCAAUAGCCAGCUCCAUGUUUGGUUUGAUAACGGCAGGAUGGCGCUUAAGCCAUUGCGCGAACUCGCCGACGGCACAGUCCAAGUCCAACUUCACUGGCUAAACAAAAGCACACUGAAACCGACAGAAGAUUGUAAUAAUAUCAGUCUUGCGAAGGAUUCAGCUGGAAUUAGAGAAAAUCAGUCUUGGGGGACCAUUACCGCUCAUCGUCAAAGUGGCUUGCCAUUGGAAACAGGGCAAGUUUUUAAUCUUAGCGCGCUAUACCGAGACAACAUUCCGAGUUUUGAUCUUUUACAAUUGUCAUGGAAUCUUCUCCGGGUUGUCGCAAUCUGCGGAGCAGCCGAACCAAGCGAUUUGUCGGAUUCCGACGAUGAUGACGACUACGGCUAUGAAGUCGAAACACAGACGGCAAUGUACACUGACGAUAGCUAUGCUGAGAUGUCUCGCUGGGCCAGAGAAUUAGGAAAAGAAGUAGGAGAUGAUCGAGAAGAAGAAGAGGAAGAGGAAGAAGAGGGUCGAGAAGAGGACCCGAGCUACAAUGGCAAAUCUUCCUUUUAG